UGUGUCAAUGUCUCGUAAUAGGAAUGGGCGAUGGUAUGUGCUACAGCUUUGCAAUGAGGAGUCUGUGGAUCUGUGUCUUGCUUGCGAGCAUCACCUGCCGUCUGAGCCUCUCGCAGGUUGCAACUGGAACCCCCAAAGAGGCAGAGCUCAAUGACAACAUUACCAUAUUCACUCGCAUCCUGGAUGGGCUGCUGGAUGGCUAUGACAACAGACUCCGCCCUGGGCUGGGAGAAAAGGUAACUGAGAUCAAAACCAACAUCUUUGUCACAAGCUUUGGUCCGGUCUCUGACACUGAAAUGGAAUACACUAUUGAUGUGUUCUUUCGUCAAAGCUGGAAAGAUGAACGUCUUUGCUUUAAAGGCCCAAUGGAGAUGCUUCCCCUGAAUAAUCUCCUGGCCAGUAACAUCUGGACCCCUGACACCUUCUUUCUCAAUGGCAAGAAAUCCAUCGCACACAACAUGACUACACCCAACAAGCUGCUAAGGCUUAAAGAUGAUGGGACUCUUCUCUACACCAUGAGAUUGACUAUAUCAGCAGAAUGCCCUAUGCAGCUGGAGGAUUUCCCAAUGGAUGCCCAUGCUUGUCCACUGAAGUUUGGAAGCUAUGCUUAUCCAGUCUCUGAGGUGGUCUACACAUGGACUCAGGGUGCAACCAAAUCAGUCGUGGUGGCAGAGGAGGGUUCUCGGCUCAAUCAGUACCAUUUGAUUCGUCAGACUGCCGGGACAGAGGACAUCUACACCAGCCGAGGUCAAUACACCGUGAUGAUGGCUCACUUCUACCUGAAGAGGAAGAUUGGUUAUUUUGUCAUCCAGACAUACAUGCCAUGCUUCAUGACCGUCAUCCUCUCCCAGGUUUCCUUUUGGCUCAACCGGGAGUCUGUGCCAGCGCGAACCGUCUUUGGUGUGACCACAGUGCUGACCAUGACCACUCUGAGCAUUAGUGCUCGAAACUCCUUGCCCAAAGUGGCUUAUGCUACUGCCAUGGACUGGUUCAUCGCAGUGUGCUACGCCUUUGUCUUCUCAGCCCUCAUUGAGUUUGCCACAGUCAACUACUUCACGAAGAGGAGCUGGGCCUGGGAUGGAAAAAAGGCCAUGGAAGCCCAGCAGCCCAAGAAAAAAGACCCUUUGGCUCUGUCCAAGAAGCCAAACAACACCUGUGCAGCCGGAGUGAAUUAUACAACUAACCUUACCAAGGAUGCCUCCAUCUCCACUAUUUCAAACAGCACAGCUGUUCAGCUCAAGCCCUCUGAAAGCAAGGCUCCAGACCCCAAAAAGACUUACAACAGUGUGAGCAAGAUCGACAAGAUGGCCAGGAUAGUGUUCCCAGUGCUGUUUGGGACCUUCAACCUGGUGUACUGGGCCACGUAUCUCAAUAGGGAACCAGUGAUCAAAGGAGCUGUGUAACCUCCAUAAGAGUCAUUCGUCAUCCUGACGGCCACUUCAGGAUCUGACAACUGGAACGCAAUCCACAACAAUGCCAAGCACUUAUUCUUUAUUUUUAUCAUUGAUUAGUGGAGGUUUUUUUUACUUCUUUUCUUGCGUUACAUUGCAUGUACAUACCUACAGAAAAAAUAUUGCCAUGUUUGCCUUGACUUUGUACUUGUACGAUAAUCUCCUACGUUUCCAUAGUUUCAUUUAUCUCAUACUAGAAUCCCAAUCACUGAUUCGUUGGCGCCACAUAUUCUGAUGUUAAACAUUUAGCAUUUGGCAUCUAUAUUUUCUUUUUGAGUCCAGGUGGUGUUGAGUGCAGCGAGGCCAAGUGCUAUGCAAAACAGCAUUUUUACUGUGUUACUACUCUAUAAACGGCUUUUACCUUUGAAACUCUUGCUUUGUACAAACGGCCCAGAGGUCUGGACACGCGAGGCUGGGCCCAGGCACAUGAAACUUUGCUUCCUUGUCAAAAGCAGAAGAAUAGCCAUGCUAAAUGUGUUGCCUUCAGAGUGUGAUAACUCAUUAUGAAUGCACUGAAAUCUCCUGCAGUUACUUUUUGAAAGCCAGUGUUACAAUUAUCAUUCAAUAUUGUUUUAUCUGUUCAUGUAGAUGAUUAAAAAGGGGAUGGGUUUUAAGCUUGAGUGAUCGUGGCAGCUUCUGUUUUCAGGUUACUAUGUUGAGAAUCCUGUAUGUACGUAUGGUUGUAGUUUAGGACACGUGUAUAUAUGCUCUGCUUUUAGAAAAGCACUACUAAGCCAGUAUGGUUAGCUUCUAUAUUAUGCAUUGUAAACAACAUAAUGUUACUCUAGUCUAGCGCUUAAUUGACUGGAUAUUGAGAAAUGAGCAGAAUAGCUUGAGCUUUAGCAGUUUUGAUAGAUGACAUGCUGCUUUUUUUCACUGUUGUUUUUACAAAUGCGUUGAUUUAUGUUGUUUGUAUGAGCUUCGAUGAAACUUGCAAAUGCUCUUGAUUAACAUGCUGUGAACAGAAUAACUUUUUGUCACAAUGUAAGUUAGCUGCUGUAGUUACGAGCCUAAUUAGAGCUUAUCAGGUUGUCAGGCUUAUCUAUGAGAUAUCAAAAGUACUUUUUUUACAAACAGCUGCAGUGAUGACAUUAUUGCAUUUUGACAAGUUAUUGUUUUGAUAAUAAUUUUGAAAUCAUGCCAUUAUCAUUUUUAAGUGUCCAGGCAAAACAAAAGGAUGAAUAUAAAGUUCAUUGUGUCAUUUACAGCAAUAGGCAAGUUAAAGCACUCUGGAAAAUCAACAAUCACAUAAAUACGGUGAGCACAAACAACAAACAACACCCCCAAAUUCAACAAUUACAGUUAGGUCCUGCUGUUUUAAUCUGAUGAUGAAAUUUGAAUAAAUGAAAUGCUAUUGGAUAAUUCUUUGCUCACAGGUUUGAAAUGUGAACAUGUCCUACUCAAAUGACUAAAUGGUGUUUCUCUGUAAGAUUAUGGAUGCACAUCAGUUUUAUUGUGUUAUUUCAUUUAAGUGAAGUGUUAUACUUUAAUGCAGAUAUCUGAAGCAAUAAAUAAUGCUCAUAUAAAUAAUGACUUCUAUUCACGGUAAUCUACGAUUAUGUCACAUUCACAUUGUCAAAGCCUUUUUAUAGGUCUGUUGUUAGUUUUUAUCUUUUUGUAAUAGUCCUUUUCCAUGUUUAUCUCUGCACUCUGGGACUCAUUUAAUGUAUGACAGGUUGGAGUAUAUUAACUUUAA